AGCAAAACAGGAAGUCGAUGCUGUUACUGUUGUUAUAAAUGUCGAAGAGGGCAAUCUAACUAGAAUAAAUAUAGGCCACUAUUAUGGAGCAUUUUGUUACUAACUGAACAUGUUAUUAUCAUUUAAAUAACGGAAGAUAAGCCUCCAGAACAUGGGUAGUGUUUUGUGGAAAUGUUUAGCAUUAUGGUUGAAUUCUGAAUGAACGAAGUCCAAAAAGUUAAUUAAAAUUAAUUUUAUUUAUUUAUUAUUUAUUUAUAUUUAUUUACUCAUUUAGUUAUUACAGUACAAUUGAAUAUUGAGUAAAUUCAGAGAAAGCGGCCCGCGUUUAUUUCCAUGCGCGCACUUUUACGUCUUAAAUCGAUCCCUAUGCCUAACUUGAACCCUAAAUCGAUCCCUAUGCCUAACCCGAACCCUAAAUCUAUCCCUAUACUAAGCCUAACCCGAACCCUAAAUCUAUCCCUAAGUCCUAAGCCUAACCCGAACGCUAAAUCGAUCCCUAUGUCUAACCUUAACAAAGUCAACGUGGGCCGCUAAAUCUGAAACAGCCGAAUAUCGAAUUAUAUUCAUAAUAUUUCCUUGCCUUACGAAAAACAACUGUAAAUUAGUUUUCUGCUAGUUUUAAAUCCUUGCAGAGUUACGUGCCCCUUGUUCAACUUUAUGUCUACAUUCUCCAUCAGUUGCGAUUUUCAUGAUAACCACUGUUUAAAGCAUCCAAUUAUCUACAAGUAUGGGCAAAUAAAAAUUCCUCCCAACCUACCCCAACAAUUUUAUUAAAUCUUCAAACAGUCAUCACAUGGGUGUUUCCUCCCUGGAUACCUGGUCUCCCUUGUGUUACAGAAGUACCUACCUAAGUUUAGGCCUGAAAUUAUAGUAAACAAAAAGUUGAAAAACAUAUGAUACGGUUGGUAGAGCAAGAAGCAUAAUACGCAUUGGGUAGAGCAUGAAGCAACCUAAGUAUAAUAAUACACGAUAGGUAGAGUAGAGCAUAAUGCUUCCUUUCUCACAUAUGGACAGGCUUUUGGGAUGAAAGUAGUCUUUGUCUCAAAUAAAAAAAUAAUUAAGUUACAAAGUUGGGUAAUCGACCACUUCAAUGUCGGAUAUUCAAAAAUUGUGUUUUUACUGGUUUCUUGUAUCCCUGCGCUCAUUGUCCAUUCCACAUUCUGGUAUACUAACUCUCACUGCUCUCAUUCUUAACAAAGACUCUUAGUGAUUCAAACACCUUGACAACAUUUAUUCAAUUUUUUUAAAGAUUAAGUUGUUAUCUGUUGACAAUAGCAUGUCUUCGGAAGGCGAUUACAGGAAGUGGCAAAUUUAUUGAAUAUGCACAUUGCCACAAUAAAAAAUUGAACCCUGGGGAACCCCAGUUAUUGCUAGGCCUAAACUCGCCCCCACCCAGUCACAGCAAAAAUAUAAACAUGUGCAUAAAUAAUAUUAAUAGUAGCCCUGCCUAAUCCUAAUACUAUAUUAAAUAGGGCCUAGUUUAAUUUGCAAAAAAAUUAAAUUUUAAUUAUAUUUAAUUAUUUUAUCAAGAUAAAACAUUUUUAAAAAGAGUAGCCCCAUUUUAACAACUGUUCAUUAAACAAAGCAAGUUUAUGUCCUUAUUUAGCUGGCUUAAGGGGCAUAUAUAUAAAUGAAGUCAGGCUAUUUGGCAGAAUUCGGACCCCAACUCAUCAUAUGUAGACACAAAGUGUAGACACCCACCCUCAUAAUAUCAUAAUAUUAAUAAAUUAUUUGGGACACCCCCCCAUGAUCAUUUAGUAAUUUAAACUUGGGUUCAUUAAAUUGUUUAAGUUGUUUCAUUUUGCUACAUUAAUCAUAAUCCAUUUGUUGUUAGUUUUUAAAGUGCGUUGUUGACUUCAACUUAGCAUUAAAUAUCUAAAUUAUUCUCAGCUGAUUACCACCACCCCGUUCUUUGCAUUUUCUGGAUUAAAAAACUUUCAAAUGACUUAUAAAAUGAAAUUUUUUUUAUUGUAUUUGCUAAGGAAUUUUUUUAGGAUCUUUAUAAUUUUUCUUUCAGCAAUGGCUACAAGGUUUUCACUCUUCCUAAUUUUUCUUGUUGCACAAAUGGUGAAUUCGUUGGAACCAUUUAUAGAAGCACAGAAUGAAGCACAUUGUUUGGAAGAGGCCUGUACCAGUACUUCAGAUUCCUCUCCUUUGCCUUCUGAUAAAUAUAUUGGAAAGCUAGUUAUAGAAUCUCCUCAAGAUGCAAAUGAUUUACAGUCUGCAAAAGCUGAAUAUCUUGAUACUGUCAAAAACUCUGAUUUAAUUUCUGAAACUGUUGAAACUAUCUUUGUAGAAAGAAGUUCUGAUAAUAUUGUUUCUGAAAUUGAAGAAACCCAAAUUAAUGGACAAAUUAAUAAAAUAUAUUCUGAAUUGUCAAAUUAUGGAGAGGAGUCCAUACCAGCUUCUUCAGUAAACAGCAUAGCUUAUGAAGACAAUGGAAAUAUUCUAGAAAGUGAUUUUUCUGAUCAUCCUAAACUUGGUAUUUUCCUUCCUGGACAAAAAGAAAAUGCAGGAGAAGAGAAAUUAGUGGAUGAGCAAGAGGCUGAGCCAGCACCAACAAAGCGAAGGUUUUUCCCCCUCCUUUACACAUUCAGAACAUUGUUUAAUUCUCUUUUAUCUGAAUUCGGGGAUGAUGCUGCUGGACAGCAAGAAGGAGCUUUUAAUGCGUCAGAAACUGCAAAUGGAAGCAGAGCAGUGCAUGAUAAGUUAAAUAAAGACUUAAAUUCAACAACUAAUGGAACUGACUCGAGUAAGAAAACUAGGUUUCAGUGUGCUGUUAAAAACAUAACAGCAAAUGCUACUGGAGAGGUAAAUAUGAAUAGUUUUCUUUACCUGUGAGUUAUAUAUUGAACAAAUAAGUACUAAGAUAAAAAGAGGUGUUGUUUUUUUGUAGUUUAUUUGAUGAUAAUAGUACAUAUAUUAAUUUAAAUUAAAUUAAAUCCUUCUGCUAAACUAAUUCUGCUGAACUAUAACUAUUCACUAUAGUUGGAUUCGGAUUGAUUGAGACAUCAAAUAUUUAGCAUCUUCUUCUUCUUUCCCUUAUUUGUUCUUAGGGGUGCAUGUGCCAUUCACAAAUUCUUUCUAGUUAUUUCUGUCUUUUGAGAAAUAUUCUUUAAAUCUCAUUUCACUUCUUGCUGGUUCUCUCACUCUGUCUGUUUGAGGUACCUUAUCCAUUUGUUCUGUUGUCUUCCUAUCUUUGUGUUUCCCUAUGGAUUCAAUAACAUAUCCAUGUUUCACAUCAAUAGAGUAGAACAGACUUAUCAUUUGAAUUGAAUAAUUUUAAUUGGUUAUAAUUACAAGGUGUUACUCAGUUUUGUUGUUUAAUAAAUACAAUUUGUCCAUUUUCCAGGUCAAAAUAGUUAAUAGUACAGAGCUGUUGGAAAUAUUAAAUUUUAGCAAGAAUCAAAAAGUUUCCACAUGUGUUCUUGUUAUGUUUUAUGCUCCAUGGUGCCACUUCUGUGCCCGCACUGCACCUCAUUAUAAUGCACUGGCAAGGGCAUUCCCUCAGCUAGAUAUUUUAGCUGUGGAUACAUCUCAUUUUAGCUAGUAAGUGAAAUUUUUGCAAUCAGAAUUUAUUAUUUAAACUUCUUAAACAACGCUUACUGCCUACUCCAUAAUAUUAAAGAAAUUCAUACACAUCACCGUUAUUGAAUUUAGAGAGCAUCUGGAAAUCAAUUAUAAAGCAAAACUAAACACAAAAAGUUGUGAUGUUUAGUUUAUGUGUUGCUUAGUUUAUGUGUUGCCUUAUGGUCAAGAUGUGGUAGAAAACUAAUAUAUUCUAUGAACUAGUCCAGUGUCUCCCAGAAUGUUUUAAGUGUAGACAUAUUUUCUGGUGUUCUAAAACAUUGUGGUGGGGUUCAUGGUGUCUGGUCUUAAUUCUAUUUGCCGUUAUUUAAUUUUUGUUAAAAAUAAUAUAUACCUGAAAAUAUAUUAUAUAUAUUAUAAUAUAUACAAAUUUCUUGGUUUAUAUUGGUUAUAAAAAUUACUUUUAUAUUAUUAUGGUUCCAAAAUUUGUAUCCAGAGUUAUGCAGAUACUCAUAUUUCUUAACAUUUCACACAGCCUUAAUGCAAGGUUUGGUACUGUGGCUGUGCCCAACGUGAUGCUUUUUCAUUCAAGAUCUGCUGUACGAUUUAACCACACUAGUCGUGUUCUUGAGCACUUUAUUUACUUUGUGACUAAUAAUACAGGUUGGUUGAACAGAAUUUUUGCUUUAAGCACACCCAAAAUAUCAUAUGAAAACUUUUAUUAUCUUUUCAGUAUUGCUUAAUAUAAAUUUAUAAACAUAUACUUAAGUAUUGAUAGUUUCUUUUAAUUAUUUUUGUUGAUAGAUGCACACUUAAGUAGAGAGCUACCUAUAAUCCAAUUUAGUGGAAGUUUAUUAAAAAAUAUUUUUUUUUAGCAUUCCAUUUUGCUGUAUUCCAAUAAUAUUUGGAGAAGCACCAAUAUUUUUUAAUUGAAAAAAAAAAUAGCUUCUAUAGUUAGAUUUUCUCAUUAAAAAUUCCAAUUAAAUCCAUUGACAGAACCCUCAUAUUUUAGGACAUCAGAAAUCAUGGGAUUUUACUAAAUAAUACUUUUUAUAAUUCAUCUUAUCCAUCAAUUGACUAGCCAUGUUCAGUAUUCAUCAACUUAGUAUAGUCAUAAACAAAGUUCCAUUUCAUUUACACAGGUCUGUCUCCUGAUAAAAAUGUGAAGUUAGAGCCCACUGAUUUUGUUGGGCCCUUACCUAGCGUAGUGCAGAGAGGCAGAGACUGGCUUCUUUGGCUCUCCUGGGCAUUUGUCAUCACUUGUUCUGUGUAUGGAUUUGUGAGGAGUCGGUACGGACAAAGUUUUAUUUUACGCCUCAGGGUUUUAUGGCAAGAGCAUCAGCAUAUUGAAUGAUGGAUGACUUCGUGCAUUGAAAACAGCAUCUGGCUGUUCACUGGUUUCACUGUUUUAAAAUGUGCAAAUGUUUUUAUUGAUAAGAGUACCUGGUAUAUGAAAUAAAUGUGCAUGUUACUUUUGAUUGGGGCACAGUCCUCGGUGAUAUGGAGUUUUAACAAUUAUUUGAGAAAAUAACAUAUAGGAUAAAGUGCUGAGAGAAGGUAAAUAAUUUGUAUAAAAAAGGAAUAAAAUUGACAAAACGAAUGUUUUUUGCAUGUAUGUGUGCUUAUUUAUAUUUAUGCCCAGAAGUGUGAAUAUGUACUUUUGAAAUUGUCUAGGGCAGGGGUCUCCAAACUACGACCUGCGAGGCGAUUUCAUCCAGCCGCCGACGGUAUUUUAAUUUGCAUGAUAAAACAUAUGUUUACCCACAGAGAAGGAAACUUGUUGGAUUUCACCGGUGCUAACCAGAUGAGUUUCUGAAACUGGAGAACUUUGCCGCUAGUACAGGAUCAGUGUUUGGAACAACUUAUGUCUGUGAGCAAACAUUUUCAAAAAUGAAGUAUGUGAAGUCAACACAUCGAACGAGAGUGACUGAUUAACAUUUGAAAACAAUUCUCUUGAUUGGAUGCAGCAAUUUAAAACUAAACAUUGAUGAAAUCUUGAAAGCCAAACGUCCGUUUCAUUAAUCUCACUAACUUUUUUUGCUGCUUAUUUUGUGAUAUUUGAAUAUGUGCACACUAGGUUUGAUGUAACUAUCUUUUUCUAACGUCGCCUAACUUUUUACAAAAUAAAUAUAUUGGUUGUCUUUGUAUUUUGUACAUUGCACGCCAAUCACCCAUGAUUAACAUGGAACACUAAACUUAGUUUUUUGCCUUUUUUUCCAGAGCUUUUGUUCUGGCUUGCAAUUAUUGUACAGAAUGAUUAUCCGGCCCGCACUUGUCAUUUUUCCCGUUAUCGGGCCCGCCGUGAAAAAGUUUGAAGACCCCUCGUCUAGGGCAUUAAUGAGUGAAUUAAUAAUUUUUAUAUGUUGUGCGAUAUGGAAAAUGAAGAGUAAUUUUUAAAGUAUUUUGAACUGUGGUUGUUCAGUUAGUACUAAAAAGUACAGUGAAAUUCCUAGAUUGAUCAUAGAAAAAUAAAAAAAACAAUCACACUGAGGAUUUUUGAGUUAAGUUUUUAAAUUAAAUAACUGCUGUAUGACAAUAUCAAUAACUAUAAUUUUUGUGGGAUUAGAAAUGGAUUUUUUAAAAUUGCCGGAUGAGCUAUGGUUCAUUUUUAGAUGCAUUUGUCUGUAGGUCAGCAGUUUCAGAGCUUAGCAAUAAUUUGAUAUUUUGAAAUAUAUAAAUAUAUGACGAGCUCCUAAACUUGCAUGCUUUUCUUCAUCUUUUAGCACAAAAUAAAGAUUUUCAAAGAA